CGGUGCUGCAGCCUGUGCGGUCGCAGAGAGGAGGACUCUGGGCUCCGGUUCGUACCUCUCCAAAUGCCACCGGACACCGACAGCGGCCUCGGACCGGACGGACAUCAGCGGCGGGACCGCGACGCACGCGACUCACCGGGAACAUGGCGGCGGGAACAACAACCUGCUCGGUACCGGAUCGACGAUAAAUCAGAGGAACGACGCGGUUGGCGGGCUGGCAACGGAGGAGCAUCACUUAGCACAGGUCAGCCUCAUCUGCGGCGUUCAUCAGUUGGAGUGCAUGAUGGUUAUGAAGCUGUCUAUACUCCUAAAGUGUAAGGGCAACAAAGGCUUUCUUGCGGGCGUCCAUGUUUUUUUCCGACUUGUCCACCGUCGUCAACUAGAAUGCAAACACUGUUGUCAACUCAGAGGUGACGUCAUUCCCACUUCCAGAGGCGAUGAGGGGAAACCUGAAGGCAGCAGUCCGUUACUAAGCAACAACAACAGCAACACAGCGUGCGGUACCACACACAGCAUGGGCUACAAGAUCCCCGGGGCGGCGAUGGACCGAGUCAGUCUGCUGUGGCGUCUGAGGCGUCGGGCUCGCCGUGGAGCUCUCUGCAUGGCCUUCUUCUGCAUCUCCAUGGCUCUGCUCUACGCCAUCUGCGCUGAAAACAGCGUGCCCGUCACCGACGCCAUCUUCGGAGUCCGGGCUCGGACACGGGCUCAGCCUCGUGCACACUCUGUCAUUAAGGUGCUGCGAGGCGGAGCCAAGCCCAUGUACAUCGACCCUCAGAAACUCCCAGGUGUUGUCCCAGGCGACCCUCACCGUCCGAUCCCCGUCCUCUCCUCCCCGAACCGCACCCACGAUGCUGAGGAAUCGUCAAAGCGGAAGCAGAGAGAGCGGGAGCCUUCUGGGUUUUUCACUCGGCUGCUGCCGCGCCCUUUCACGCGUGCCCUCGAGACCCUGUUUGGAGGCCGGCGGAGGGGGGAGCUGAGUGGCAGAGUGGGGGACGCGGAGUUCUUCGGACCUCACGGUCUCCUGGGAGAGGUGUGGGAUGACGAGAUGUCCAGUAGCAUGCUGGGAAGCAGGCUGAGGAAGGUGGUGCAGAAUUAUCAGGCGAUGAAUAAGUACGGAGUGCAGUUCUCCGGCCCCGGCGGUGUGUCCAGCAGGCCCAAGCUGAGCGGCCCUGAGCUUCUCUGCCAGAUGAAGGACAAGGUAGAGGUCACGACUUUGACCUCUGACCUCCAGCCCUUCUCGUCAGUGCCCUGGGCCGCACAGCUGCCACCGCAGCAGCUGACCUCUGACCUCGGGCCGUACAGGAGCUGUGCUGUGGUGUCAUCAGCAGGGUCGCUGCGCUACUCCGGACUUGGCAAAGAGAUAGAUUCUCAUGAUGCCGUGCUGCGCUUCAACGCCGCGCCGACCACCGGCUACGAGAAGGAUGUCGGUUCUAAAACCACAAUCCGCCUCAUCAACUCCCAGGUGAUGGCGUCUGAUGACCAUCGCUUCCUGUCCAGCUCUCUGUACAGCUCAGGUGCCCUGGUGGCCUGGGACCCCGCCCCCUUCUCUGCUGACCUCACUCAGUGGUACAACAGGACAGACUACCCCAUCUUCACCCAGUACCAGAGAUACAGGAGGCUUCAUCCUCUGCAGCCCUUCUACAUCCUGCAUCCUCGCUUUGAGUGGCAGGUCUGGCAACGAAUACAAGACAACAUGGCCGAGCCCAUCCAGAAGAACCCGCCCUCCUCUGGCCUGCUGGGCACCGUCCUGAUGAUGUCGCUGUGCGAGCUCGUGCACGUCUACGAGUUCCUGCCGUCACGAAGGAAGACGGAGCUCUGCCAUUACUACCAGCGCUUCUACGAUGCCGCCUGCACGCUUGGCGCCUACCACCCUCUGCUGUACGAGAAGAACCUGGUCAAGAGGAUGAACCAGGGCUCCGACCGCGACAUCUACUCCCAUGGGCGCGUCACACUGCCGGGGUUCAGGAAGCUGAACUGCACCCAGGCUGCGGAGCAGUGAAGCACACACACACACACACACACACACACACACACACACACACACACACACGCACACAUACACGACAAUGAGGAGCAGAAAGCUGCAUGAAGACACGUGAACACGAGGACAGACGCAUGAACACCUUAUCCCCACUGCCGAAACUAAAGGAACGCUGUGCCACUCACUAUAAAUAUGACAUGUUGUUACUGUAGGCUGUAAACACCUCACACUCACACACACACACACACACACACACACACACACACAGAGGAGUCCAAUCAGCUGAGAGAUGUGCCUGUCAUUCACACAUACAGAUAUCCUUCAGAGGACGUUCCACUGAUAACGUUCGUCCCCCGUAACGACCCUUAAAGGACCAUGCUUAUCCAACUUAUCUCAACUUAUCUUAUAAAUCGCGAGCACGUUUCAGACAAACGUCAGCCAAGUCUUUUUCCAAAGCGUUCUGUCAGCCUUAAACGUCUUUCAAACAAACAUCAGCUCUCACCCACUGUCGACACUGAAAGGGAAAUGUAUAUAACAGUUCAACAAACGAUAAGAAACCUGCAUACGAAGGCCCAGACACACCAAACACACCUCAGAGAACCAGAAGGCCUCCUGCUGUGUCACCUCACAUCACCUGCCAGUGUUGGGCAAUAACACCUUACAGUAAUAAUAUCACUUUUCCCAGUAAUGAGUAGUGUAACUAAUUACUGACAUUUCAGUCAGGAACACGUCGUAAUUUGAACCAUUUAUUGCGACAAAUUUAAAAACAGUUCUGUUUGGCGCCGAGGGCUCCGCUCUGGAGGUGCUCCCUGGAUCAGACAAGCAGCAUGCUGAGCCAUAACAGGAAGUGCAAUGCAGAGGGAAGGAUGGCGAGGCGUUCAGGUGCCGCUCUCUAACAAUUGCUUUAUUGCAGUCGUCACCACUGAACAAUAAACAUGGCCGUCUCAUGAGGUCGAACAGCAACCCUGAGCUAAACUCUGCUGACUAUCAUUACUCUUUGCUGCCUGCUGUCUUCGCCAUGUCACCCCUGUCAACGUUACAGAUCAGAAGUACAGAGAGUUGUUGACUAGAGAUGAUGCGCCGUCUCACGGUGGUCACUUCCUGUCAGCGUUACAGAUCAGAAGCACAGAGAGUUGUUGACUAGAGAUGAUACGCCGUCUCAUGGUGGUCACUUCUGUGCAAACCGCCAGCUUUUUACAGCGUUACAGAACGGAGCAUCAACAGUAGUUGUUUGUUUCAACUCGUCUCGUUGUGAAUUUUUGGUCUGAACUGGACUUUAGUGUCUUGUUGUGAUAAAAUAAACCAAACUUUCUCUGCGAUGCGUCUCAGUCAAGUUUCAAGUCUAAAACAUGCAGCAUGCUUUGGAUCCUGAGCAUCAGAAAUAUGACGUAGACACUUUGUGGUUUGUUGGACUGAAACAUGUAAAAACAGCGGUAUGGUCCUUUAAUCUUAAAAUAAAGUUGUCAAACUGACCCACUGAAGACGUGAGAACUGGCCAAAUAGACAUCAUUAACUAACAAAACCAACCACACAGACGUGUUCAGUCAGAGAGGGCGUCACCUUCUGUGUAAAUACUGUCACGUACUCUGCUGUGAGGCGCUGCGCUCACUCCGUCACUUCCCUCUUUGAAACCAAAUCACACACGAUACUUUCCUUUUGACUGUUUCACGUUGAGCUUGACGGUCCUGAGAGGAGCUGUGGGGAAGUUUUAUUUCUGUUUGGUGUUAGAGUCCUGAUCCAUUUUUGCAGUGCCAAUAACUGCUCCGCUGACAUCCCAUAAUACUGAGGACCAGUCUGAUUCAGUGCUGUUAUUCAGCUCACUUACAGAGGUACAAAUCUACGGCACGUACGAGUGUGAAUAAGACACUCUGGCUUGGGUUUUAGUUUGGAGAUUUCUUUUUACAGCUCUAUUUUCAGAGCUUGAUACAGACUUGUUGGAGCAGCGGGAUGUUUUGGCUCACAGUCAGCAGUUUCCUCAAAUGUGAUUGUAUUUGUUCUCAGACUUUACUUUCUGUGGUAAAGUAGUGUCCGCGCUCCACGCCACACAAAGGAGCCGUGAGUCACAGUGAGAGUACGCCCACAUUAAGCUGGUGAAAUUUAAAAAUGCAUCUUCUCCUCUCUUCUCUCACAAAAUGUUUUCCAGAGUGGAUCAGUCUUAAAACUCCAGCUUGCUGUUUGUACCUGAACGACCCGCCUGAGGGGCUGUGUCCACCAAAGCCUUUUUCCUGGGGUCAGAGUAUUUCAGCUUGAUGAGGCGCUGGGCGCAGGGUUUACGCUAGACCUUUACUUAAUGGCCAAUAUGGCCGUCAGUGUUCCAGAGUUCUGGCCACAUACUGUUUGUUUUAAAUAUCUGUAUAACAGCCUUGAUUUAAACGGCAAUAAAACACUGUCAAUUAAAUAACUUGAAAAUAUUCUAAAUGAAGAGGCGGCCUGUUGAACACUGACUGAUCACAGUGACAGAGGUAAAGAGGGAAAAGGACUCAGUGCACCAAGCGUCACCGUAAAUCACCAAGUCUGCUAUCCACCGUCUGACUCGCCGUGGUGGAGCGAACACAACAUAACUUAUGUGUUUCCACAAAAGCUGAUACUGGGAUCAUUUAUGGAGCCGCUGCAUCGUCUACAAAACGGCCCUGCAAAUGUUUCACAAUAAAAAGCCUCGUGUGAACAGAUGAAGGGAUUCUGCCCACAGAAAUGUCAGAGGAUUUUAUUUUGUAAACAGGAAAUGAUGAGUUAAAAAGAAAUAUUUGUUUUUCAUGUCUGUGACAGAUAAAGACUCGAAACUGUAGUGACAGGUGGAAUCAUGUCAGUAUGAAAAAAACAUUUUCAAAAUCUGUUUUUGUUGAAAACUGCAUCAUGAAGAGAAAAAUAUGCGAGAUGUUCUGCGCCUGAGCGGUGCUGCUCACGUGGGCAGUGUGGCUGCUCUGACCUGUUCACACCGGCGAAAAAAAAUAAACAAGAGUUUCCACGACGCACGUGCACUGCUCACGCAGGCAGUGUGGAAGACUGGUUGCUAAAAACCACACGUCAGGUCGAAAAAAAAUGGCAAGACUGAAUCUCCUCUCAUGAUCUCACACAGACGGGCCGGUCCGUCCUCUCUGCCUGCAUGAUUCAGCCUCCGCUCAUCCAGAGCGAGUGCUCUGCUCUACAUCUUGCCAACGUGUUUCCUUUGGCGGAUAUACUGUAGCAUCGCAGCUAGAUGCAACCAAAGCGCCUCAGCUGACAAAAACGCUGCGCCUCCAAAGCGCUCUCAAACUCUCCCAGCUGGGCGUUUCCUGAGGAGCGCCUGGUGUUUACAGCAGGAAAAAACUCUUUGGUGGAGACAAGGUCUCAGAAAGUGACGGUUUCUGUUUAUGUCUUUUGACAGUAUUAAAAAGUCUUGAAAUUGUUUUGUUGCAGACAAAGAUCUUUACGGGUUCCAGCACGUUUUUAUGGACAAAUUUUCCAAAACAUCUCAAAAAAUGUUUUUCUUGCCUGGCAUUUUUCAAAGACAUCAGAUUCAAACUCUAGUCGGACGUAAUUAACAAACUAGUUUGCACGACUAAGGGGAGGGACGGACCCAGUUAGGAAAUGACCACAUGGACGCGAUGGAAAACUAAACACUGUUACACUCUGACACAUUUUAGAGCAACGUUAAGUCGACAGCAGAAAAUUAAUUUGCCGUUAUGUUUAAGCACAGAUUAUUCUAACAAUUUCAUUUCACGAAAGAAAGACGGAUUGCACCUUUAGAAACCUGUGGAGUCAGUCGAGUGGUCAGAGAGCUGAUGAAUGUCUCACACACACACACACACACACACACACACACACACACACCUCACUGAAUCUAUUUAUCUAACAACAUACUGCCUGCAGACUUCUCCUCUUAUCGUAACCGUAACCAACAGUCCAGUAAAGUUAAACUAACAGAUGUUUUGUACCCACACAGUCGACCCUGUAACAAUCUGUUCCCAGCUGUCUUUUUAUAAUUCUUAUAAAGUGUAAAUAUUAAAAUAAUAGAAACACCUGGAGGACGGUCUUUAAUGUUCUUCUGUGACGCAGCCGUGUGAGGCAGAGCUGAGUUUUAUUUCUACAAAUAUUCAACUUCAAGAACUGGAGAAGAUCAGAGUCACAGAUUGAGUGUCUGACCAAAUGUCUCACAUGAUGAUGUCGCAGUCAAGCUGACCUUUGACCUUUUGACCUUCAUCAUUUUAUCCUGUUAGACAUUUGUGUGAAGAUUGGUCAUGAUUAGUUCAUGAAUUCAUCAGUUCUGGACAGAAACAUAUUUUGUGAGGUCACACUGACCUUUGACCUCUGACCACCUGAUUCUAAUCAGUUCAUUGUUCAGUCCAAGUGAACGUCCACGUGUUGCAGUGUAUUUAAUGGCUGCACAGAGCGCUGCUGUCUACAACUCUGCCUCUGUUAAAAGGUACAAUAUUCCGACCUCCUCCACCGUCACCUUGACUCCGCCCUCUAGUGCCACCUACAGGCUGUAUCUGUGUCAGCAUGAUUGAUGUGUGGCGGUAUGAAGGCGGACAGACAAAUCUAUUUCCAUGCGUACAGGGAGCAUUACUCAGCCUGUAGCGUCUGAAAAACUGUUCCAGGAAGUAAAACUCCAGUCUGCCGACACGUCUGCGUCACUGCUGUAUUUUUAGUAUCGUCACAGAGAGAACGGCCUCCAGAGUAUUAUGACUUUAUUCUAUUAUUACAGACGCAUGAUUAUCACCUGUUAGAGUUUCUCCAGAGUAGCAACAGGAGAAACACUUUACGUCUCUGAUGAACAGAGAAACGAUCCGCAUGGCACGAAUCCUGCUUUUAUCCCAUGAGAUGGUUCUUCACUGAGCGUGAAGUCAAACAUGCAUUUUGUUAUUAGCAUCAUCACAUGUGAGCUAGCUCAUUAGCAUGCUAACAAAUACAGUGAGCCUGGACGACACAGUGGAGGGCAGAUGUUAAUAUAAGACCCCCCCUCCAGCUGGUUUUGCCUUACAGAGCCACGAGCUCAGAGCUCGGCCGUAGACUCAGUGAUUUUUAGAGAUAAUUCCCAGAAAAGUUUCUCGUAUCGACGGGGCCGACGUUUUAGGGUUCACCUCAGACUGAAGCAAGAGUGUGAGCAAGAAACAAAAUGGCUCCUCUAUUGUUUCUGUAAUGACUUCACUUUCAUGUUUUUAGCAGGAUUUAUUGUUUAUUCAGGAGGCAAACACUUGAAUUAUUGAUGUCAUUGCAUUUCAGACAGAAACCAGGAGAACAUUUUCUCCCUAUGCAGCUGCGCUCUCGUCCUGAUUCAUUUCAUCUGUAAAACCUUCUGACAUAUUUAUUUCAGCUUUCAGAUUUUCUCCUGCUUCACCUCCCUCCUCCUGCUCGCUGGGAGAACUUUGGUUGUUUAGCUGUUAACUGUAGUUUCAUGUGGUUGAUUGUAUUUAUUAUUUACUUACUCUUUCUCCUUUGUUACUGGACUCAGUCUGUGUAAUGUUUUCAUCUGCCAGAGAAACACAACUGACUUUUAGAAGCAUGUCAUGUUCAUGAGAUUCUUGUCCUUUAUUUUAUGUUUUUUUUCAGGUGUAAAUUCCCACAAUUAUCAACAUUUCCUGUUUAAGUUCAGUUUUUAAUUCAAUAAAACAUCAUGAUCUAAAGUGUGAAUGCCAGAUGAACAGUUUGCUUGUUCCAACUGAAAAAAUGGUCCAAAUGAUUACGACCCUGAUUCCAACAGAAGGGACGCUGUGGAAAAAUAAAUAAAAACAGAAUGCAAUAAGCUGAAAAUCAGUUUUGACCUACAGACCCUUUACUGUUAGUGAACAGUGUGACAUGUUUGUUGGUGGGCGGGGCUUAGCUGGAGGCAAAACAGUUCUCCACAGACAUUAGCUAGCGCUAGCUAACAAGUUGUGUUGUCUUGUUUUAGACGAUGGAGGAAGAUGAUGUGAGUGGUGCGUUCAGAAACACUCAUUGUGAGUGUGGGAGCGCACUCUGACACAAACUGGAGCGUUGAUAAAUUGGGAGCGCUGUCUGAAUGUAGCGUUGGGUUAUCCAGAGCAGCGCACUCUCAGAGUGGCAGAGCGCACUCUGGACACUCUGUCUGUGGAGACGGAGCAGCAGAGCGCCGAGCGGAGUGAAUGUGUGAUUAACUUAACCGUUGGUUCAUUCAUGUAGAAAUAUAACGCUCCGUUUCUUCCACCAACAGGGCUCUCAUUUUAGUGUAGAGCGUCAGACUGAAUUUACCAACGCACCAUGUCAGGUCACUCACUCUCCGGGACCGCCAGUGUUACUUGAAUAAGUAAACACUGACCAACGGGACCAGACUGGCCGACCCGUAUGCUCUCACUCAGUGGAUGGAUGAUGUCACAGGAAGCCAAUCUUACAAAGGAGGACCACACUUGUUUGUUUUGCUAUGGAAGCUAACGUUAGCUAAUGUGCUAAAAAGUUAGCGUUCCAGAGAAAUCCAA